AUGCAGGAUAAAACAGUCCAUCUGGAUGCAACAUCACUGAGUACAGGGCUCAAGAUCAGUAGAAAGAAGACAGAACUCAUGAAAAUCAACACUACAAACAGUACACCAGUCACAAUUGGAGGUGAAGAAGUGAAGGAGACAGAGUCCUUUGUAUACCUGGGAAGUGUGGUAGACCACCACGGGGGCACGGAUAAGGAUGUUACAGCCAGGAUAGGGAAAGCGAGAGCAGCUUUCAUCAUGCUGAAGAACGUCUGGGCCUCCAGGGUGAUACGGGUAGCCACCAAACUCCGCAUCUUCAACUCCAACGUUAAGUCAGUACUGCUCUAUGGAUCGGAGACCUGGAGAACAACAAAAGCAACGCAGCACAGGAUACAAACCUUCAUUAACACUUGUCUGAGAAGGAUCUUUAAAAUCAAGUGGUCAGACAGGAUCAGCAACCUGGAGCUGUGGGACAGAGCAGGACAAGAACCAUUGGUCAGUCAGAUACUCAAGAGGAAGUGGUCCUGGAUAGGGCACACUCUCCGGAAGCCAACAUCCAGCAUUACACACCAGGCUCUGACUUGGAACCCUCAGGGCAAGCGGAAGAGGGGGAGGCCCAGGAAUAGCUGGAGGAGAGAUACGGAGGAAGAGAUGAAAAGUAUCUGCAACAGCUGGCAGGAUCUGAGGAAGAAAGCCCAGAGGAGGGUACAAUGGAGGACCAUCAUCGGUGGCCUAUGUUCUGACCGGAACAAAGGGCCCAACUAUGUCCUUCGGGAGUGCUUCCCAUAA